CUUGAAUUGAGACCUACAGUCCUUGUCUGUCUAUAUAUUUCCGCAAGGAAAUCAUUUCUUGCAUAUUGAACAUUCCAGCCAUCAUCUAAUUAUGGUGAAUUGAUGCCACGCGUCGCAAUAAGGAGAAAUCGUUCAAAUCAUUCCUUGCCAACUUCAACUUCCCCAACCGACGUUUGUCGAUCAUGACUCAAUCACCCGAAGCUGAUCCAUUGGUCUCCUUAUGGACGAGGUCUUUGAUUUCGGGUGCAGUGGCUGGUCUUACCGUCGACUGUUCUCUGUACCCUUUAGAUACGAUCAAAACUCGCCUUCAGAAAGCUAGGCACCAUGCCCCCUCAGUUCCUUCUACCAAUCUAUCCCUAAAACAAACCAUCCGGGGAAUCUAUGCUGGCCUUCCUUCUGUCCUCUUCGGCUCUGCACCAUCAGCCGCAUCCUUCUUCAUCGUUUAUGAUGGUGUGAAGCGUGUUCUUCUCCCAGCCUCGAACUCCGAAACUUCUUCACGAACGCACAUCAUUCUUACACACUCUCUUGCUUCUUCAAUGGGUGAGGUAUCAGCUUGCGCGGUUCGCGUGCCUACGGAAGUUGUCAAGCAGAGAGCUCAAGCAGGUCUCUUUGGCGGCUCGAGCUUGCUCGCACUGAAGGAUAUUUUAGCGCUGCGCCACGCAGACGCUUCCCGCAGUGUAAAGGGAGGCUAUGGACAGGUCGUUCGGGAGCUGUAUCGGGGAGCCGGUAUUACCAUUGCAAGGGAAAUCCCGUUCACCGUUCUGCAGUUCACCAUGUGGGAAUCGAUGAAGGAGGCAUAUGCCAAGCGCAUGCAGCGUGCUUCGAAAUCUAGCUCCGUGGAACAGGUACCGGCGUCCACAAGUGCCAUGUUUGGCAGUGUGGCUGGCGCAAUUGCCGCCGGCCUUACUACCCCCCUCGACGUCAUCAAGACGCGAGUCAUGCUAGCUCGUCGGGGAGACGGUGCAGAAGAUGGUCGCUACCGGAUUAAGGAUGUGGUUCAAGAGAUUUCCAAGGAAGGGUUUGGGGCCUUCUGGAGAGGUAUCGGGCCACGAGUAACCUGGAUCGGAAUUGGAGGCGCCGUGUUCCUGGGCAGCUACCAAUGGGCAUGGAAUGCUCUUGAAAGGAAGAGCCACUUAGAAGACGAAUAAAGAGACCGUAUAUUCUUGUGUCAUUGCUUGUACGAUACGCCGCCGUUUUGGGGAUAGACGAGAUAUGCCAUAAUAUAUAGAAUAAUGCACUUUCAUAUAACCCAGUCUUUGAAACGGCAAGUCUUCAAUCACGAAGAGAAACUGUCCUUGUUGAACGGACUUCAUUAAGGCAUGGAUUCCUGUCAGUCAUGGCCAUAGAAAUCUUACCCUGGAACAACGCUUUGACAACGGUUUUUGGUCGAUCGUCAGCCCCUAUCUGUUCCCCAUUCUCUGGUUGAUAUUGACAUGCCACUGACCUCACUAAUCAAUAAUCCGUCCGACUUACUUUCACCAGCAACAUAUAGCUAGAUUUAACCUUCCCACCUUCGACAAUCCAUUGCAGCCGCUCCCCAU